CAUCCACCUUGCGAAACCGCAACCAAAGCUUAGUAGGUGCACCGGGGCAGGAGUAAAUGUGGGUCACGGCGCAGCCGUACGUUGGACCCAGAGUGCAACAUGCGCAGACCGACACGGAGUCCAGUUUAACGUUACUGUCACUAAACCUGCAAACGGACACUCGCAGCGAUGAGAUAUUUUACCUGUGUUUCAAGAUAGCAGCUCGGAUAUUUAUUUAUGGAGGCGACAUAGAGCACCGAGGGCGGCCUGACCUCGGUGUUGUCGAAACAAGAUGAUUAAAAACUGGGGUGUCAUUGGUGGGAUAGCUGCUGCAAUUGCAGCUGGAGUAUAUGUUUUGUGGGGCCCAAUUACAGAGAGAAAGAAGCGAAAGAGAGGUAUGGUUCCUGGACUGUUGAACUUGGGCAACACCUGCUUCCUGAACUCUUUGCUUCAGGGUUUGGCAGCGUGUCCGUCCUUCAUCAGGUGGCUGGAGAAGUUUUCAGGUUCGCCUACGAUCCAGUCAUGCAAGGACAACCAGCUGUCCACGACACUUCUUCAGCUUCUCAGAGCUCUGUCCAGUGAUGAGCCUGGGGAAGAAGAUGUACUUGACGCCGGAUGCCUCCUGGAUGUUCUCAGACUGUACCGGUGGCACAUCAGUUCAUUUGAAGAGCAGGAUGCACAUGAACUUUUUCAUGUCCUUACAACUUCUCUGGAGGAGGAACGUGAUCGUCAACCCAAAGUAGCUCACUUGUUUGACAUGCAGUUCCUCGAGAGUCUCCCUGAUCAAGAUGAGAAAACUAUGACCUGCAGAAGUCGAGCCCCUCUUCAUCCAAUACCAAGUCCUUGGAAGUUUCCGCACCCUUUUCAUGGUCGUUUAACGAGCAACAUGUCAUGCAAGCACUGCGAACAACAAAGUCCGGUGCGGUACGACUCAUUUGAGAGCCUCUCCCUGUCCAUCCCUUUACCUCAGUGGGGUCGACCUAUCUCUCUAGAUCAGUGUCUUCAGCAUUUCAUCUCCUCAGAAACCAUCAAAGAAGUGGAGUGUGAAAACUGCACCAAGCUUCAACAAGAGACCACAGUAAAGGGGCAAGUUCUGGAAAGUCAGAGGACAACAUUUGUUAAACAGCUAAAGCUGGGAAAGCUUCCCCAGUGCCUCUGCAUCCAUUUACAAAGACUAACGUGGUCCACCGAAGGAACCCCCAUCAAAAGACAGGAGCAUGUGCAGUUUACAGAGUAUCUGUCAAUGGACCGCUACAAACACAACAUUUCCACACAGAGAAGUCAGCGGAUCACGUGUGCUCCAAAGCCCAUGAAGGCAGAAGAUUUGGAUGAUGUCAUUGAAAAGCCCACUGCCAAUGGCACUGAGCAUCAUAACAACAACAGACCUUUUUCCAACGGAACCUGUUCAUCUGUAUUUCUUCACUCUCCUGGUGUGAGCCCACAGCUCGGCCUCAUGUAUGACUACAGUUCUACGGAGUAUCUUUUCCAGCUCACGGCUGUGCUGGUCCACCACGGUGACAUGCACUCAGGACAUUUUGUCACGUACCGCCGCAGCCCUUCCUCACCUCGCAGCUCUUCACCCUUCAGCUCCCAGUGGCUCUGGGUGUCGGACGACUCGGUAAGAAAAGCCAGCCAGCACGAGGUGCUGUCUUCCAACGCUUACAUGCUCUUCUACGAGAGAGUAAGAAGGCUGAACCUUGCUCUGCACUCAGAGGAGUAACCAGAAGCUCAAAAGCCUCAAAGCCUGACUGACUUCUGGCUUUCCAGUCAAACUGUCACGGCUGUAUGUGACAGUUUUAACAGAGUUACCAACAGGCGGAUUAUGACUAUGUGACAGUGAGACAAGAGAGGAAAGCCAUCCUGGAGUUCUUGUAGAGAUAAUUUUACAUCACGGAUCACAGCGAACGUGUUGAAGAUCGUUGUAUGAUGUUUUCUGAUAUUAAAUCCACAAGUGGACACUUUGCCUUGUGCUCUGAUCCAGAGUAGGAUGCUCUUAAUCCCAAAGAUUAUGGACCUGCAGGAUUUUUAGUCAAAUAUCUUCGACACAUGUAACAGUUUCUGUUAUGUAAGAUCUUUGCUUCUAUAGGACACACAAAAAAAACCAAAACAGGAACACCUGACAAUAUAGUGGAUUCUAAGGUAAUAGCCCUGCAAUACAUUGUUCAUGUGUGAAGUUUGUAGUGUUAUUUUUGUUGAGGCCUUCAGAGGUGUUGACUCAACUCAACAGAAGUAGCUGAUUAGGACUUCACGGAGAUGUUACUUGUCAAUUAGGUAAUUCCUUAACUCUGGUUCUCUAUUUUCUACUCUAAUCUAAUUUGCCUAAUCAUUCCCAGCAGUGUACGUUAACUGUAAUGGAAAUAAUGUUUCAAUCGACACAGUUCACAAGACAGUUCAUUGAAUUUGAUAUUUUUCUAUGUUUCCAAUAAUCCUUACACUGUCAUGAUUUGCAGAGCUGCAAAGUUGAGGUUAAAGUGCCAUGUUGUCUUUAAUGCUCGAGAUUUUUAAACACAUUAAAACCAUGUCUGCUGCAGCUGAUGUGAACAUACAUUUAGAUCUCUUCUUGAAAACACGAUACAUCAGAACUGUUUGGCAUGGUGUUGAUGUUUCAUGGAUUAAUAAUGACCUGCUCUCAGUUAAUAAAGCCAGAGUAUGACUGCAGGUUUUUAACUCUGUGUAACUGAUAACUGCCAUUUUGCUCUGACCAAACCAACUAAGUAAAAUUGAGAAAUGGCCUGGUGCAAAACCCCUUGUUAAUGUUUGCGAUUUGCACUAAUGUAUAUUCACUUGAGAUUAUGUGUAUUUGUGUGCAAUCUGUAAAUGUGAUUGUUUUCAGGUAUUAAAAAAAUAAAAAUA